AUGGGCUCUAUCAGGUCAAACCGUUCGCAAAAUGCCGGCCUGCAACACCGCGGGAACGGCGAGCCGUCAAAAGCGGUUCAGGAAAAGCCCUCGCAGAAUUCUAUCUUGCCAACCAACUCGAACGCCUCUAAGAGACGACGCGCGCUCUUUCGCGUAGACACUGCUGGAGAGAGCGGCCGAGGUGGUGUUCAUCCAGUACAUCUCGUCAAAGUAUGCUUCCGCAGCGUCUGUACCCUUUCCAUGGUCGUCAACAUUCUCUGGCCAUUCGUGCCCGCCGCGAUUGUCAUGCACUUUGCCCGACCCGAUCUUCACGUUUGGGUAUUCGCUCUCAACUACAUUGCCAUGGUGCCCUCGGCAAAUCUACUUGGAUUUGCAGGCGGCGAGCUGGCGAAGAAAUUACCGAAAAUGUUCGGCAUAUUGGUUGAAACAACGCUGGGCUCCGUGGUGGAAUUAGUUCUAUUCAUGGUCUUGCUGCACAAUGAUGACCCUGCAAAUCACAGAAACUACAUUCCUGUCAUCCAGGCUGCUAUUCUUGGUUCAAUCAUGGCGAAUCUGCUCCUAUGCCUGGGCAUGUGUUUCUUUGUUGGAGGUCUCAGACGUGAGGAGCAGGCCUUCCACGAAGCCAUCAGCGAAGUCGGUACUGGUCUGCUCUUGGUUGCUGGCUUUGGUCUGUUGAUUCCAAGUGCGUUCUACUCGGCUCUGCGCAAUAGUGUGAACGAAGAGUUCACCGCGAAGAUGCUGGGUGAUUAUGCCCUGACAAUCAGCCGCGCCACUGCAGUCAUUUUGCUUGUGGCUUUCUUCACAUACCUCGUCUUCAACCUCCACAGUCACAAUUCGAUCUUCGACGACAUUCUCGAAAUUGACGAGCACCACGAUGAAGACCGACAUGAGGAACUGGCGCGAGCCAAACUCACUAUGACCGAAUGCAUCAUCGUCAUCUCGAUCUCCUUGGCCUGCGUCUGUAUGUCUGCGGUAUUCCUGGUACAAGAGAUCGAAUUUAUCGUGGAACGUGGCGUAUCAGACAACUUCCUCGGUCUGAUCCUCGUUCCUCUGGUCGAGAAGGCAGCUGAGCAUCUCACGGCUGUUGACGAGGCUUGGGAUAAUCAGAUCAACUUUGCGCUCUUCCACUGUCUGGCGCCCUCGAUCCAGACAGCCCUUUUCAUCGCACCGCUCACUGUCAUCGUGGGUUGGGGAAUGGAUAAGGAUAUGAGUUUGAACUUUGAAAUUUUCAUGGUUGUGCUUCUCGUGCUCUCGAUUCUCGUCGUUGGCAAUUUCUUACGAGACGGCAAGUCUAAUUAUCUAGAAGGUGCGCUCUGCGUCUUGGUCUAUUUCAUCGUGGCGGUUUGUACUUGGUACUACCCCAGUGUGGAGAUAACUUCGACGAACUCGUCCUGA